AUGUCGCGCGAGGAGCUGAUGGGCGAGAUCUACGGCAAGAAGGCGCCGCGUGGGCGUAAGCGCAAGGCCGACUCGGUGCCGGCACCCAAGACCACGGUCAACUCCAAGCGGACCGGCGACGAGCCCUCGGCGAUCGAACCUGACAGUCUUGACGACGAGCCCUCGGCGACCGUCGGGUCCGUGCUCAAGAGAAGCCGGCCCACCGCCACGAGCGCCAAGGGCAAAGAUGUGCUCCCCGUGGAUACCUCGAUUGUGCUGAGCGAUUCGGAUGAAGAUGACCUCGAACUGGAGCACCUCCAUUACGACGACGCGCCAAUGAUGAACCUGAACUCGUUCAGCGAGAUGAGCGCGUACUUGCCGCCCGCAGUCGUCGAAAGCCUCCGCUUGGCCAGGGAGAGCCAGGCGAUUGCAAGCAGGCUGCGACAGAGCGAUCCGCUGUAUGACAGUCCCAUACGCUCCACCUCCACCACCAGCUCGAGUGCGAGGCCGUCGAGCUCGCCUGCCGCCGCGGUCCUGCUGAGUCUGCUGUGCCCUCUCACCAGCGAGUUUAGAAUUCUGAAGAGUCAGCCCUUCUCGCUACUGCUGAACGAGUACAUCAAAAAGAAGAAAGAGCCGCUCAACACCUACCUGAGGCGGCACAGCAUGACCGAGUACCUCUCAGACCAUAAAAAGCUGCUGGAGGAUGACGGCGGUUUCGUCGUCAAGUUCGACGGCAUGCCGGUGCAGCCCAGCCAGACGCCUCAGGAUUUCGGAAUGCUGGAAAAUGAGACGCUGCAGCUGGCUCUGCCGCCACCCCCUUCGUCGUGGAUGGGAGAUCUGGAGAAGGAGUUGGACGACGAAGAGGCCGAAGAAGAAGAGGAAGAAGCCGACGCCGACUAUGUCAUACUUCGCCUCCGGAGGGAGGGCCAGGAGGAGAAGUUCAGGAUCGACCAGGACAAGCAAUUCCAGAAGCUGCACGACUCCUACUGUCAGAAGAAACGGCUCAUCCCAGAAAAGGUGAAGUUCAUAUUCGACGGACUGCCGCUUAACAUGCGAAGCACGCCCGCGAACGAAGACAUGGAAGACGACGAUAUCGUCGACGUGAAGGUCGAGCCCGGCGCGCAAUUGCCCGCCGUUGCAGCCUCCACUGCCGCCGCCGCUACCACCACCAUCGCCACCGCCACCGCCACCGCCAGCAAGCCUCAACCGCCGAGGCCGGCCCCAGUCGCGACGUACGUCGAAGAUGACGACGAUGACAGCGCCUACGUCCUCCUCCGAGUACGCCGCGGCACGGAAGAGGACAAGUUCCGGAUCAAGCGGAGCGAUCCGUUCAAGAAGUUGCAGGAGGCCUACUGCAAGAAGAAGGGCUUGAAAAUGGCUGAGGCGAGAUUCGUGUUCGAUGGACUGCCGCUAAAGGGGAAUCAGACGGCCGAAGGGCAAGACAUGGAGGACGAGGACAUCAUCGACGUCGAGGACAACAAAUAA